AUGGUAGUGGCAGUGCCCCUUCUGAACGUUAGAGAAAGCCAUGGUCUGCAUCUGAGGCACCUCCUUCUGUCUGCUCAAGGACCUCCUUCUGUCUGCUCAGGCACCUCCUUCUGUCUGCUCAGGCACCUCCUUCUGUCUGCUCAAGAACCUCCUUUUGUCUGCUCAGGCACCUCCUUAUGUCUGCUCAAGGACCUCCUUCUGUCUGCUCAGGCACCUCCUUCUGUCUGCUCAGGCACCUCCUUCUGUCUGCUCAGGCGCCUCCUUCUGUCUGCUCAGGCACCUCCUUCUGUCUGCUCAGGCACCUCCUUCUGUCUGCUCAAGGACCUCCUUUUGUCUGCUCAGGCACCUCCUUCUGUCUGCUCAGGCACCUCCUUCUGUCUGCUAAGGACCUCCUUCUGUCUGCUCAGGCACCUCCUUCUGUCUGCUCAGGCACCUCCUUCUGUCUGCUCAGGCACCUCCUUCUGUCUGCUCAGGAACCUCCUUCUGUCUGCUCAAGAACCUCCUUCUGUCUGCUCAAGGAUCUCCUUCUGUCUGCUCAGGCACUUUUUUCUGUCUGCUCAGGCACCUCCUUCUGUCUGCUCAGGCACCUCCUUCGGUCUGCUCAGGCACCUCCUUCUGUCUGCUCAGGCACCUCCUUCUGUCUGCUCAGGCACCUCCUUCUGUCUGCUCAGGCGCCUCCUUCUGUCUGCUCAGGCACCUCCUUCUGUCUGCUCAGGCACCUCCUUCUGUCUGCUCAAGGACCUCCUUCUGUCUGCUCAGGCACCUCCUUCUGUCUGCUCAGGCACCUCCUUCUGUCUGCUAAGGACCUCCUUCUGUCUGCUCAGGCACCUCCUUCUGUCUGCUCAGGCACCUCCUUCUGUCUGCUCAGGCACCUCCUUCUGUCUGCUCAGGAACCUCCUUCUGUCUGCUCAAGAACCUCCUUCUGUCUGCUCAAGGAUCUCCUUCUGUCUGCUCAGGCACUUUUUUCUGUCUGCUCAGGCACCUCCUUCUGUCUGCUCAGGCACCUCCUUCGGUCUGCUCAGGCACCUCCUUCUGUCUGCUCAGGCACCUCCUUCUGUCUGCUCAGGCACCUCCUUCUGUCUGCUCAGGCACCUCCUUCUGUCUGCUCAGGCGCCUCCUUCUGUCUGCUCAAGGACCUCCUUCUGUCUGCUCAGGCACCUCCUUCUGUCUGCUCAGGCACCUCCUUCUGUCUGCUCAGGCACCUCCUUCUGUCUGCUCAGGAACCUCCUUCUGUCUGCUCAAGAACCUCCUUCUGUCUGCUCAAGGAUCUCCUUCUGUCUGCUCAGGAACUUUUUUCUGUCUGCUCAGGCACCUCCUUCUGUCUGCUCAGGCACCUCCUUCGGUCUGCUCAGGCACCUCCUUCUGUCUGCUCAGGCACCUCCUUCUGUCUGCUCAGGCGCCUCCUUCUGUCUGCUCAGGCACCUCCUUCUGUCUGCUCAGGCACCUCCUUCUGUCUGCUCAGGCACCUCCUUCUGUCUGCUCAAGGACCUCCUUCUGUCUGCUCAGGCACCUCCUUCUGUCUGCUCAGGCACCUCCUUCUGUCUGCUCAGGAACCUCCUUCUGUCUGCUCAAGAACCUCCUUCUGUCUGCUCAAGGAUCUCCUUCUGUCUGCUCAGGCACCUUUUUCUGUCUGCUCAGGCACCUCCUUCUGUCUGCUCAGGCACCUCCUUCUGUCUGCUCAGGCGCCUCCUUCUGUCUGCUCAGGCACCUCCUUCUGUCUGCUCAGGCACCUCCUUCUGUCUGCUCAAGGACCUCCUUCUGUCUGCUCAGGCACCUCCUUCUGUCUGCUCAGGCACCUCCUUCUGUCUGCUAAGGACCUCCUUCUGUCUGCUCAGGCACCUCCUUCUGUCUGCUCAGGCACCUCCUUCUGUCUGCUCAGGCACCUCCUUCUGUCUGCUCAGGAACCUCCUUCUGUCUGCUCAAGAACCUCCUUCUGUCUGCUCAAGGAUCUCCUUCUGUCUGCUCAGGAACUUUUUUCUGUCUGCUCAAGGACCUCCUUCUGUCUGCUCAGGCACCUCCUUCUGUCUGCUCAGGCACCUCCUUCUGUCUGCUCAGGCGCCUCCUUCUGUCUGCUCAGGCACCUCCUUCUGUCUGCUCAGGCACCUCCUUCUGUCUGCUCAAGGACCUCCUUCUGUCUGCUCAGGCACCUCCUUCUGUCUGCUCAGGCACCUCCUUCUGUCUGCUAAGGACCUCCUUCUGUCUGCUCAGGCACCUCCUUCUGUCUGCUCAGGCACCUCCUUCUGUCUGCUCAGGCACCUCCUUCUGUCUGCUCAGGAACCUCCUUCUGUCUGCUCAAGAACCUCCUUCUGUCUGCUCAAGGAUCUCCUUCUGUCUGCUCAGGCACUUUUUUCUGUCUGCUCAGGCACCUCCUUCUGUCUGCUCAGGCACCUCCUUCGGUCUGCUCAGGCACCUCCUUCUGUCUGCUCAGGCACCUCCUUCUGUCUGCUCAGGCACCUCCUUCUGUCUGCUCAGGCACCUCCUUCUGUCUGCUCAGGCGCCUCCUUCUGUCUGCUCAAGGACCUCCUUCUGUCUGCUCAGGCACCUCCUUCUGUCUGCUCAGGCACCUCCUUCUGUCUGCUCAGGCACCUCCUUCUGUCUGCUCAGGAACCUCCUUCUGUCUGCUCAAGAACCUCCUUCUGUCUGCUCAAGGAUCUCCUUCUGUCUGCUCAGGAACUUUUUUCUGUCUGCUCAGGCACCUCCUUCUGUCUGCUCAGGCACCUCCUUCGGUCUGCUCAGGCACCUCCUUCUGUCUGCUCAGGCACCUCCUUCUGUCUGCUCAGGCGCCUCCUUCUGUCUGCUCAGGCACCUCCUUCUGUCUGCUCAGGCACCUCCUUCUGUCUGCUCAGGCACCUCCUUCUGUCUGCUCAAGGACCUCCUUCUGUCUGCUCAGGCACCUCCUUCUGUCUGCUCAGGCACCUCCUUCUGUCUGCUCAGGAACCUCCUUCUGUCUGCUCAAGAACCUCCUUCUGUCUGCUCAAGGAUCUCCUUCUGUCUGCUCAGGCACCUUUUUCUGUCUGCUCAGGCACCUCCUUCUGUCUGCUCAGGCACCUCCUUCUGUCUGCUCAGGCGCCUCCUUCUGUCUGCUCAGGCACCUCCUUCUGUCUGCUCAGGCACCUCCUUCUGUCUGCUCAAGGACCUCCUUCUGUCUGCUCAGGCACCUCCUUCUGUCUGCUCAGGCACCUCCUUCUGUCUGCUAAGGACCUCCUUCUGUCUGCUCAAGCACCUCCUUCUGUCUGCUCAGGCACCUCCUUCUGUCUGCUCAGGCACCUCCUUCUGUCUGCUCAGGAACCUCCUUCUGUCUGCUCAAGAACCUCCUUCUGUCUGCUCAAGGAUCUCCUUCUGUCUGCUCAGGCACUUUUUUUCUGUCUGCUCAGGCACCUCCUUCUGUCUGCUCAGGCACCUCCUUCGGUCUGCUCAGGCACCUCCUUCUGUCUGCUCAGGAACCUCCUUCUGUCUGCUCAGGCACCUCCUUCUGUCUGCUCAGGCACCUCCUUCUGUCUGCUCAGGCACCUCCUUCUGUCUGCUCAAGGACCUCCUUCUGUCUGCUCAGGCACCUCCUUCUGUCUGCUCAGGCACCUCCUUCUGUCUGCUCAGGCACCUCCUUCUGUCUGCUCAGGAACCUCCUUCUGUCUGCUCAAGAACCUCCUUCUGUCUGCUCAAGGAUCUCCUUCUGUCUGCUCAGGAACUUUUUUCUGUCUGCUCAGGCACCUCCUUCUGUCUGCUCAGGCACCUCCUUCGGUCUGCUCAGGCACCUCCUUCUGUCUGCUCAGGCACCUCCUACUGUCUGCUCAGGCGCCUCCUUCUGUCUGCUCGGGCACCUCCUUCUGUCUGCUCAGGCACCUCCUUCUGUCUGCUCAGGCACCUUCUUCUGUCUGCUCAGGCCCCUCCUUCUGUCUGCUCAGGCACCUCCUUCCUCCUUCUGUCCAUGUGUGGACCCGUCUGUCCCCGUCCCCGCCCAUGAGCGCUGAUUGGCCCGGGCCCCUGUGCGCCUGUCCUGGUGCGGUGUGUGGAGCUCUCAGUCAGAGCGCGGAGCCUGGAGCCGUGAAGCCGCACGCAGAACGCGUCCCCGGCUGCAGACUUCCUCCUGAUCCGCGGGCGUCUACCGGAGCUCCUCCCGCGGGGUUCACGGUGGACUUGUGCGCGCAGGUCUGUGACUCCUCUGGCUUUGUGGAGGUGUAUGUCGCCUCGGUGCAGAACCCGUCGGGGGUGCUCCUUAGUGGGCAGUGCUGUGACCCGCCUUACCCCGGCCCUGGUCCUGGUCCUGGUCCUGCCUCUGGGGGUCGUUGUGGAGGCUCGGAGUGCGACACGUACCUCCGGGUGUGUCUGAAGGAGUACCAGGUGGAGGUGUCGCUCCGCGGAGCAUGUACCUACGGCAGCCGCAGCACCCAGGUCCUGGGAGGAAACAGCUUCAGCCCCAGAGUGCGCAUCACUGUCCCCUUCAGCUUCUCCUGGCCGGUGAGUCCCUGCAGCGCCCCCUGCUGCCCAUCACUGUUCAAGCAGUUCUGGUUCAAUAGUUUCUCAAAUCGAUCGUUGGCAGAAGUUUGA